CUCUCGCACUUUGCCGCUGUUGCUGUGGUCGGGACAGCCCCGAGUGAACCAAACAGCAGCUGAGCAGCUGGGUCCUGGGAGAGGAUGGGCAAUUACCUCCUGCGGGAGCAACGCUGCCUGGGAAGGAGCCGGAAGAAGUGCAGGAAGGCAAGCCCAGGCGUGACAAGGCAAGAAGUGACUACAUCUGAAAGAGAAAUUCAAGGGCAACACAAAAGAAGGCAAGAAAUUCCAUCUACUUCUAAUCAGGAGCUUGAGAAUGGCAGUGGAUCCGAUGAAGUGUGCUACAGCAUCAUUAAUCACGCCCGCCACCGGAGGUCCUCACUGAACUCCAAUGAUGAUGGCUAUGAGAACGUAGACGCCACAAGGAGAGUGAGGGUGCUGAGAGAGGGGUCAGAAACCGACUACGCCCUGCUGAGGACUUCUGUUGCUGGGCCCUCUUCCUACACCACUGAGCAUGAUUACGAAACUGUGCUGCCACACUAGAGCGCACGCACUGCCUCGUCAUCCUCCAGCAACACAGGCGAGGCCGAGUGGCAGCCUUGGGACUGCUCUUCACCCUCAGCAGCUCCUGACACGUUCAUUGCUGGCCAGGGUUUAUAAGUUACAUAGUUUGAUUAGAUCACUUUGGGCAGCUCCUCAGUUGUGGCAUCCCUGUGUUUUUGCUUGUGAUGUUUGGGACACAGAGAUGUUGAAAAAUCUUCUGAGGACAAUAAGGAUGCACAAAUGUAUGUUCUAGAGUCUUCACUUCCAACUUUGCUCUCCAAAUUUCAAACACCAAUGUCUCCAGUGAUCUGGUUCCUUUUUGAGGUGUAACCUUCUCAGUAAACUUCAAAAAUGUAAGACCAGUGACCAGACCCUUUGUUAUCCUGAUACAUCACUUUUGCUUCUUUCUGUGUACUGGAAAGUCUUACUUAUGAACUUAUGGUAAUAAGUGAGAACCAGUGGUGUUUAAUACUGGAUUUUCUGAGAGGAGGAACUGAAAGUGUCACAAGAAAAAGCAAUGAAACAGUUGCCUAUCUUUGCCUUUCUGUCCAAUAGUAAAUUGAAGGGUUCUGUUCGAAGAUUAAAAAAAAAAAGGAAAUAAAUCUUUGCUUAAAGUUUUGUUCACAAUAGACUAGCUAAUUUAACCUUUUUCUUCUUAAAGGAAUUUUUAAAAAAAGAUUUAUUUUAUUUAUUUUUAUUUAUUUGUAAGAGUUAUACAGAAAGGUAGAGCCAGAGAGAGAGAGAGAGAGAGAGAGAGAGAGAUAGAGGCCUUCCAUCCAAUGGUUCACUCCUGAAAUGACCGCAAUGGCCAGAGAUAAGCUGAUCCGAAACCAGGAGCCAGGAGCUUCUUCUGGGUCUCCCACACAGGUGCAGGGACCCACGGACUUGGACCGUCUUCUGCUGCUUUCCCAGGCCAUAGCAAAGAGCUGGAUCAGAAGUGGAGCAGCUGGGACUCGAACUGGUGCCCAUAUGGGAUGCUGGUACUGUAGGCUGAGGCUUUAACCUGCUGCGCCACAGCACUGACCCCUUUAAAAGAAUUUUUAAAGGGUACACCAACUUCCCAAAAGUAUAUACACAAAAUCCUUCAUUGAGAGAAUAUCCAUGAUGCAUUUUUUCUAUUUGGUUAUAAUAUUCUGACCUUUUGGUGAUUGACAGGCCUCAAUUGAUAGGUGCGUUUCAGCUAACUUAUUUGUAUACAAGUUUUGCCUAAGUCUAGUGCUCCCUUGUGAUGCUAAUGCAUAGAAGAAGUUAACAGAAAUCUUGUAAUUCUAGAAAAUUCAUCCUGUCAGAAAUAUGUCCAUAGAAAUUAGCCAACUUUGUCAAAAAUGAUAAAUCAUUUACUUUCUGUGCCUUUGUAGCUAUUUUAAUAUGUAAUAAAUAUAUUGAAGAUAAGA